AUGGAAGCGGCAUCAGAAUACAGCGAAAAGCCUCCCCGCAGCGGCGCAGCUCGAUCGGAUGCGUCGUGCGCCCGAGACGGCAGCGAGCCGUUAGGGGACAUUGGCGAGAAUGAUGUCUUUGGCCUUGAGGAGACUCACGAUAUCAAGUACAAGAGUCUCUCUUGGCCAAUGACGGCUGUACUCAUGAUUGCAGAAAUCGUCUCCAACGGCAUGCUUUCGCUACCAUCGUCUCUGGCGGCUGUCGGCAUGGUCCCCGGCCUGAUCAUCAUCGUCUUCCUUGGAGUCUUCGCCACCUACACCUCGUGGCUUCUGGUCCAAUUCAAGCUGAGACACCCCGAAGUGCACAACAUGGGUGAUGCGGGCUUCAUCAUGUUUGGUCCCAUCGGCCGUGAGCUGCUGAGCUUCGGCACACUCUGUUUUGCCAUCUUUGGCACUGGCGGCCAACUACUGGCGGGGCAGCUUGCACUUGCAUCAUUGACGAGCGGCAAACUGUGCAAUGUGGUCUAUACAGCCAUUUUUGCCAUUGCUACACUUCUACUUUCUCUCCCGCGAACCUUUUCUGGCCUCGGCCUGCUCUCAGUGUUGAGCGUCGCCUGUAUCGCGGUAGGAGGCGUGGUUGGAAUGGCAGCGGCCGGCGCACAUCCGGCGCCGGACCGACAAAUCGACAUCGUAACCACUGACACCAACUUCUUUACGGCAUUCGCUUCCAUUACAAAUCCAGUAUUUUCCUUUGCUGGCCAUUUCGUAUUCUUUGUGCUCCUUUCGGAGAUGAAGGAGCCGAAGCACGCUAUGCGAGCAGCAUAUGCGCUGCAAGGCUUUGCGACAUCAUAUUAUGCCAUCUUUGCUGGCGUUACUUAUGCCUUUCUUGGUAAAGCUGUUAAAUCGCCGUCGUUCAUUUCGCUCGACCCAUACUGGCAGAAUGUUUGCUGGGGAAUUAUACUUCCUAACCUGCUCAUUGCUGGCUCUUUGUAUUCUCAUACGGCAGCCAAAGUUGUUUUUAUUCGAAUCUUUCGCCAUUCGCGGCAUUUACACAGCGAUACUGUCCUAGGAUGGGGCGUGUGGGCUGCACUGAUUGCCGUCGUCAACGGAUUAGCAUUUCUGCUGGCCGUCGGCGUGCCAAUCUUUAACUACCUGAUUGGCAUCGCUGCGUCGCUUUUUGCAGCGUGGUUUACAUACGGAAUUGCGGGUAUGUUCUGGCUUCACGAUGCCUACCACGCAGGGGACGGCUUUUCUGUCUGGCGCAAGUGCUGGUUCCAAGCUGGAAUGGCGCUGUUAACAGUCUUGACUGGAGCCUUCAUCUGUGUUGCAGGAUUAUACGUCAAUAUCAAGAGCUUAGCAGAUGACUAUGCUGCAGGAGUAAUCCCCAGCGCUUUCAGCUGCAGCGCGCCAUCUUGA